UCUCUCUGUGUCACUCCAUACACACAGGUCAUUGUUAACAAAGCAAGUGGGAAGGAAUCCUUUAAUAACACUUCUAAAAGAGGGCUAAUAUUGUAUUGCUCCCUGGACACGCUGCUCGUAUAAUGUAACAACUGGCUGUUGUGGGCAAGUGCAUGAUGUUUGAGAGGUUAACCAUGCUGAAUCUCCAGAGCACUUCAAACUGGAGUGGAUCCAAUGACUGGUACCAUCAGCAGAGCAACGUUCCCACGCAGCAGCACAGCACCGUUUCAGAUGACUGCCUGGUGGACACGGAUGGGAGGAUGGCAGGAAGAGGAGGACAUGUAGAAAGAGAUGAAGUAGAAGAGUCUCAACUGAGGCUGCAGUUGAAGAGGAAACUUCAGCGCAACAGAACCAGCUUCACAACAGAGCAGAUUGAGGCCUUGGAGAAAGAGUUUGAGAGAACACAUUAUCCGGAUGUUUUCGCACGAGAGCGACUUGCAAACAAAAUCGACCUUCCAGAGGCACGAAUACAGGUGUGGUUUUCCAAUCGAAGAGCCAAAUGGAGGCGUGAGGAGAAGCUGCGAAACCAGAGGCGGUCUGGAGGCGGGACUUCCUGUUCUCAAACACACGCUCCACUGAACACAUCCUUUAAUUCAGCUGUCUAUCAUCAUCCGCAUGGCAAUAGUGCAGCAUCCAUGAUCAGUCAGAGUGACACAGCUCUGCCCAGUUAUAACUCUCUCUCAGUCUAUACUGGGGUCCAGUCUGCUCCUUCUCCAUCUGCCUCAUCGUACUCCUGCAUGCUGCCACCGUCCCCGUCCGCGCCUCGCUCGUUUGAGACAUCAUACUCCUCUUCUCAUCUUCCAGCUCCUCCUUCAACUAACACCAGCACAGGUUUGAUAUCUCCAGGUGUCUCUGUACCUGUCCAGGUACCAGGAAAUGAUCAAACUCUGGGCCAGUACUGGGCCAGACUGCAGUGAAAAGGGGAGGAAGCUUUUGCUUUAGAAAACUAAAUAUGUUUACAAAAGGUAAAAACCCCUUUAGAACAAAUUGUUCUAAACUCAAAGGAAGGUGAUCCUCUGAUGGUUGAACGUAAAGAACAAAAUUCCUUCAUUUGACAUGCACAUUUAUCCAUAUUUUUCAAUCAGGAUUGUAUAUGAUUUAUAUGACGAUGCAUUGCACAACGACAAUCCUCUUUUCAAGAAAUCAUAAUCAUUGACGUGAGUUCCUGGCAGCAACUUUACAGAACUGGGAAGCAUGAAUGAUGUUUUAAGAACAUAAUUCUGGCUUCCAUUUCUUUUAUGAUAAUUCCUCAUUUUCUUUAAUGUAAUCUCCUCAUUAUAGGUCUUCUUUUGUUGUGAUCAUUUUCAUAAUCAGAUAUAUGAUAUCACUUUUUAUGAAACAUUUAUGACAUUGUUCUUUCAUAAACCUCGUUAAGCUUGUGACAAUCAAGGCAAAUGCCUAAUUCAUUCAGAGCAGGGACUGAGACGCAGUCAUGUGACUUUCACUUAAGAUCAAUGAACAAAUGAUUGAUUUAAAGGGU